GCGGGUCAGUGAUUAACGCUCGUACUUUGCUCCCCGGUUGGACUCUGCGCCUCGGCUUCCACCCACGCGACUCUGGAUGCAAAUCUGAAACCACGUGACGCGCGGUGGGUGGGAACGAGAGGCGCGCAUAAAGCGCGCGGCUCCUCCUGCUCCAUUCACAACUCCAGCUGCACUGACGCGCCGUCGGAACGCGGGACCCGCUGCGCGUCGAACGAUGAAAAUGUCCGCGCCGGAGAUGAGCCCGGUCCUGAAGGAGGGAGAGCUGGAGAAGCGGAGCGACAGCCUGCUGCAGUUCUGGAAGAGGAAGACGUGCGUCCUGACCACCGACAGCCUCAGCAUCUACCCCGACACGCACAAGCGCUCCAAAGCCAAGGAGCUGAAGCUGCAGUCCAUCCAGAAGGUGGACUGCGUGGAGCGCACUGGGAAGUUCAUCUACUUCACCAUCGUAACCACGGACAACAAAGAGAUCGACUUCCGGUGCUCCGGGGAGGAGAAGUGCUGGAACGCCGUCAUCACCAUGGCUCUGAUCGAGUACAAGAACAAGAAGGCCAUUCAGAACUUUAAAACGCGCCAGGACAACGAGAGCGCGUCGCCCGGUCAGCAGGAGAGGCGGCUGGCGCGUGCGCCCUGAGCCGCGAGCGCCAUGCGCCGCGAGCGCGCGGGCGGUCAGCCGCUCCUAAUAUGGUUACGAGCCACGGCGGCGCCGAGGUUUCCCUCUCUAACGAGCCGGCUGUCGCCCACUCCACCGAGAACGCGGACCAAAGGGGGACGGGGUCCUCCGGUCCGGAGAUGAAGGACUGCUGGACUGAACCUCGCGGAGUUCCACACGGACUGAACUGCUGAUUUCAUGUUCGCUCUCCUCCAGUCAGGAUGGAAGUGACGGUGUUACCGGCAAACACUUUCUUUUAAGUUAUUUGUAUUUAUUUAAAUAAACAUGCAAGUUUUUAACAA